AUGGAUAGGGAUCAAAUCAUCCAGGUUCCACAGGGAACACUUGCCCCCUCGAACCUGGCAGAGAUAUGUAACCGUUAUCGAACUGCACGGCUGAGAGCACUGCAGACAUACCCCGAGGCGUUCUCAUCCAAAUAUGACCGUGAGAGAGCCUUCACCGACCUCGAAUGGGCCCAACGUCUAGAAAACCCAAUGUCAAGAACCUUCGUAGCGGUCAGCGUUGAAAACGAGAAUGCAGCCGAUGACGACGUUGAAAAGCUAAAGAACAACGACUGGAUGGGCAUGGUCGUCCUACUCGGACCGAAGGUGUACGAAACAGAUGCAAAGACGAAAUACCCCUGGGAUCCCUUCUUGUCUAUGGCUUGGAUGCAGCCGGAGGCAGCGGGUGCGUUGAAGGAUGCUGAAUCUACGAGCUUUGCGGUCUCGAUGUUUGUCCUACCGGAGGCAACGAAGCGCGGUAUCGGGCAGAAGCUGAUCUCUGCGAUGAUCGAGUACGCACGGGAGAAUGCAAGGCGGGAGUCGGUGAGGAGAUUGCACGUCAGUCUGAUUGUUGAACAUGACAAUGUGGCUGCUAUACGAUUGUAUGAGAGGUGCGGGUUCUGUCAUGUCGAGACAGGGCCGGACCUCGAAGGUAUAGGGGCCAGGCCGGUUGCGCCCUUGGCCGGAGUGCGUACCAACGUCCAGCAGCUCUUGGACUACUCUCACAACGAGAAGAAGAGAAACUUCGUUGAGACCGUCGAGCUCCAGAUCGGCUUGAAGAACUAUGACCCUCAACGUGACAAGCGUUUCUCCGGCACUAUCAAGCUGCCUACCCUUCCUCGCCCAAGAAUGAGCAUCUGCGUUCUCGGUGACCAGCACGAUAUCGAUCGUGCUAAGCAUCUCGGCGUCGAUGCCAUGUCCUCUGACGACUUGAAGAAGCUCAACAAGAACAAGAAGCUCAUCAAGAAGCUCGCCCGCAAGUACGAUGCUUUCCUCGCUUCCGACUCCUUGGUCCGACAGAUUCCUCGUCUCUUGGGUCCCGGUCUCUCCAAAGCCGGUAAAUUCCCUACCCCCGUCUCCCACAACGAGGAUCUCAACAACAAGAUGAACGACGUCAAGUCCACCAUCAAGUUCCAGCUUAAGAAGGAACUUUGCCUUGGUGUUGCUAUUGGCAACGUCGGAAUGACUGAGGAUGAGCUCAUUGCCAACAUCAUGUUGGCCAUCAACUACCUCGUCUCCCUGUUGAAGAAGGGUUGGCAGAACGUUGGAAGUCUUACCAUCAAGGCUUCCAUGUCCCCACCAAAGAGAGUGUACUAG